CAGUGCAGUUUAAAGCAUGACACGUCAGUUCACUGAACCAUCAUAUUGGAACCGGUUUGGUUAGCUUUUGUUUCUCUGCAUUUCGAAAUUCUUCUCCGAAGUUUCUCCUGUCUGCUUGCAGUUCAUCUUGAUACUGUUUCUGGUUAUCUGACAGCUCCACAAGCGGUUUCUUCGUUCUUUAUUGGCUUUUCAGCAGCUAGCAACUUGGCAGUGCAUUUUUGGGAACGAUUGUUCAUUUGUCUAAACUCAUAGCCUCCGAGGAAAUUGUUUGCUCGUUUAAUCGGUGUUGAACAGGCAUUUAGUCAUCGACUUCCUGUGUGUAACGCUGCAGUUUUGGAGUGUUUAGUGUCCAGUUCUGUACCGCUAAUUAAACCAUGUCUUCCGAAAAGCUGAACCUGGUUGUCUUCCUGGGAAGUGUUCGCCAAGGACGCCUGGCGGACCGUGUGGGGAAAUUUAUUCGCAAGCAGCUGGAAAGUCGCGGCCAUCGUGUGACCAUUCUCGAUCCUUUGGAACUGAAGCUGGGGGAAGUGCACCAGCCUCUGCAUUUUUAUCGCAAUCCGGCCGAAGCCCCGGAGAUUUUACGUACGGUGAAUAAAACGAUUCAGGAUGCUGAUGCCUUCGUUGCCGUGGCGGCGGAGUACAAUUCGGCCAUUUCGCCGUCGUUGUGCUCUAUUAUGGAUCAUUUUCCACCGGCAUCCUAUUCUUGGCGCCCGAGUUGCAUUGUCACGUAUUCAAUGGGUAAUUACGGAGGUAUUCGUGCGGCCAUGCAGUUGCGGGAAUUUCUUUCGGAAUUGACAACUGUUCAUAUGCCCAGUAUGGUUGUGAUUUCGAAGGCUCAUGAGCGCCUGACGGAUGAUGGAGAACCAACGGGUGAAGGCGUGCAGCUUCUGCCCAAAGCAGCAGCGGAUAUGAUUAAUCAGCUGGAGUGGUACGCUGCGGCACUCAAGAAUCAUCGCGCGAGUGGAUGUCCGAAGAUCGAACCAUUCCGAUAAAGAGGUCUUCCGAUGAGAGUUCGCUCUGAUUCAAUUUGGUAGCUUAUUUAUGAAUGUUGCUUGAACUUGCUUCUAUGUACGGUUUCGCUUCCGGUGAUGGAAUUUUAGUAACAAAUUUUUUAUAGCCAUGACAGUAUGCGCUUGCUGGGGUGAUGAUUUAGAUUGCUUUAUUAAAUUAAUAUAUAUUACAAUAAAUAAGUUGUUGUUGGAGCUAAUAUAAUAUGUUGGUGCUUGCUGGGUUAAGGUGUGUUUGACAAAGUCUGAUUUCCCGGUUCUUCCGCGGUUUUUUUAGCCAAUGACAAGUUGUGCUGACCGCAAAUAAAUAUAGCGAAAGUAUUUGUGAUUCGUACCGUAACUCGCACUAUU